AUGCCAUCAGACAUCAGGAGUUUCUUCGGAAGUGGAGGGGCGAAGUCGUUGACAAAACCUGGUUUCCCCAAGAGUAACAAGGAUGGUGAUGGAGCCAAAGUGACUCCCAAGCAACGCGGCCGGCGCAAAAUCGUUUCCGACGACGACGAUGAUGAUGAAGAAGUAGUCGUCGACACCACCUUCAGGAGGCCUUCAAUUCCCAAGGCAAAGAAAUCAGCCACUGAACCAGUGGAAGAGGAGACAACCAGCUCAGCCUACUUUGCUGCCACAAAAUCGAAGCCUGCAAGGUCUACCCCGAUGCGAAACAAGACCGCAACCACGAACGGUGCAGGAAAGACCCCCACCAAAGAAAUCAAUGGCGGAACCCCAUCGACCGGCAGAAGAUCGUCCAGAAAGACUAGCAAAAAGAAUUAUGCCGAGGACGACGAGGACGAAAACUCCAAUGUUGUGUUAAAGGAUGACCUUGAGGGUAAUGAUGAUAUCUUCAGUGAUAUGAAGAGCAGGAAAGUGGAGGACGACUACGAGGAAGGGACAGACGAAAAUGAUCUGAGACCACAAAAGGAGGUCGGCAAGUCUGUCAAUGGCCACUCCAAGAGACCCCAAUCGGACGACGAUGGCGACAUCGAAAUGGUACAGAUUCCUGCGCAUAAUGGACCUGGUGACGCGAGAAGGAAGAAAACACCAGCCAAAGCAGCUUCCAAUCGCAAAAGAAAAUCCAAAGCUCUUGAAGACGAGGAUGAAGACGAUCUGGACGAAGACGAAGACGAUGAUACUCCGAAAAAGAAGCCGAGGACUGCAACGUCAGCAGCUGCCAGGAAACCCCGCACAACGGCCAAAAAGGAAGAGAGAGAGGAAAGCAAGGAGAUCCAAAACAUUCUUGACAGUAUUCCCACAGUAAGAGCUCCAACGCCACCACCGAGAGAUGAAAAGAGGAAAUUUCAAUACGGCGGAGGCAAUGCCAGCGUGGCUCCACCAGCAGAUGGCACUGCCGAUAUUCCAGUAGGCGCAGAAAACUGUCUUGCUGGAUUGACUUUCGUCUUUACGGGAGUGUUGAACACUCUGGGGCGCGAAGAGGGACAAAACCUCGUAAAACAGUAUGGCGGCAAAGUAACUGGCGCUCCGUCUAAGCGGACUAGCUAUGUUGUCAUUGGUGCUGAUGCGGGACCGAAAAAGCUCGAAACCAUCCGACAGCUAGGCAUCAAAACUAUUAAUGAGGAGGGUCUCUUUGCACUCAUCCGACAACUCCCUGCAAAUGGUGGUGACGGAAAGGCCGCCGAAGCUUAUGCAGAGAAGCAAGCGAAAGAGGAGGAGAAAAUUCGCCAACAAGCAGAAGAUGAGGAAAAGCGAGAGCGAGAGAGACAAAAAGAAGCUGCCAAAAUUGCAAAGGCGGCCGCUGCUCGAAGUGGUGCUCCCCUUCCCUCCGCCAAAUCACAGGGGCCCAAAGUGGACGACAGACUUUGGGUAGAUAAGUAUGCACCAGAUACAAUGAGCGCUGUCUGCGGAAACAAAGGUCAGGUCGAAGGGUUGCAGAGAUGGCUUCGCAACUGGCCGAAAGCCGCUAAAUCAGACUUCAAGAAGGCGGGUGCUGAUGGCAAAGGCGUCUUUCGCGCGGCUUUGCUCCAUGGUCCCCCUGGUGUUGGCAAAACUACAGCUGCCCACCUUGUUGCCAAGCUUGAGGGCUACGAUGUUGUUGAAAGCAAUGCAAGCGAGACUCGGAACAAGAAGCUACUUGAAACCGGCUUGACUGGUGUUCUGGAUACUACGUCUAUCCUCGGUUAUUUCGCAGGUAAUGGCAAGAAAGUCGAAUCAUCCAAACGAAAGCUCCUCCUGAUCAUGGACGAGGUCGAUGGUAUGUCGGCUGGAGAUCGAGGUGGCGUGGGUGCUUUGGCUUCUAUCGUCAAAAAGACUAACGUCCCCAUGAUCUUGAUUUGCAACGAGCGGAAUCAGCCAAAGAUGAGACCACUCAACAAUGUGACAGCAGAGUUCCAAUUCCGAAGACCAACCACAGAUAUGAUUCGAGGUCGCAUUGCCACGAUUCUGUUUCGCGAAGGCAUGAAACUACCGAUGCCAAUUAUCAAUGCCUUGAUCGAGGGAUGCAACGGUGACAUUCGCCAAAUCAUCAAUAUGAUUUCGACCAUUAAACUUGACAACAAGGAUCUCGAUUUCAGCGACACCAAGGCCAUGUCCAAGGCGUGGGAGAAACAUGUGAUUCUGAAGCCAUGGGAUAUUGUGAACAAGAUCCUUCGACCGCAGAUGUUUGCUGUCAGUUCCAUUGCGACCUUGAAUGACAAGACGGAAUUGUACUUCAAUGAUCAUGAGAUGAGCUACCUAAUGCUCCAGGAGAACUACCUCAAAACAAAUCCUGCCCUUGCGACUUCUUAUAGCGGCAAAGAAAGAGAGAUGAAAUUAUUGGAGCUCGCAGACAACGCAGCUGCCAGCAUUUCCGACGGUGACCUUGUGGAUCGGAUGAUUCACGGCUCCCAGCAGCAAUGGAGUUUGAUGCCAGUACACGGCAUUUUCAGCUUUGUUCGACCAGCUAGCUACGUCUAUGGAAUGCUUGGGGGACAUGCGACAUUCCCUUCUUGGUUCGGGCAGAAUAGCAAGCAGAUGAAACUCUCUCGCUUCGUAAAGGAGAUCCAGGGACAUAUGCGGCUUCGUACCUCGGCUGACCGUCAUGAGAUUCGCCAGCAGUAUCUCCCGGCGCUAUGGAGCGAAACAAUCGGCGUGCUCAAGAAUAAGGGCAAGGACGCUGUGCAAGAUGUCAUUGACUUUAUGGAUUCUUACUAUCUGACUAAAGAAGAUUUCGAUUCGGUGUUGGAAUUGGGAGUUGGAGAGUACGACAUGGAGAAUAUCAAGAUCGACACUGCGACCAAGGCAUCAUUCACCAGGCUAUACAACAGCCAGAGCCAUCCCAUGCCAUUUGUCAAGGCAAGCCAUGUCCUGGGUGUGGCGAAAGGCGGAGCCAAGAGGGAAAAGCCGGACUUAGAAGAGGCGGUGGAUGAAUCCGAAGCAGAAGAACUAUUGGCUGAAGCUGAGGCCGGCGAUGAGGAAGAGGACGACUCGGACCUGAAGAAAGACAAAUAUAUCCAGGCACCAAAGAAAAAGGCUGCAGGUACUUCUGCUGCUGGCGGUGCGAGUUCGAAGGGCAAAGGGAAGAGAAAGAAGGCCGACGAGGCUGGUGAUGUUGAUGCCGAGAGCGAAGAGGAACCGAAGAAAAAGCGAGGAGGUGGUGGCGGAGCCCGGGGUGGCAGGAAAGGGAAAGGAAGAGCGUGA